UCAUCAUUGUUACAUUGAGUUGUUGUGAUCGAUCAUCAUCACAUCAUCAUAGCUACCGUACUAGCUAGCUAGCUCCAGAUCCAGUAGUCAAUGAUCUGGAUGUCACGAUGAACCUAUCGUUUGAUGCCAAUGAGGAACACCAUGAGCCGCGUCCAGCAGAGCGAUCGUCUCCUAGGCCGACACGAGGGAGAUACUCGGUGGAAGGUGCUCCCAGGUUUUCCCGUACUACUUCAGGAGGAGGAGGUGUCAAGAAUAAGGCUCCCAUCAGUAGACCGAUCAGUCGCACCCGUUCGAAAUCAGGUCCCAGACGAACGCGAUCCAAGUCCAUGAGCACCGAUGUUGCCGCAGCUGCACCCAUGGAAGAUGUCAGCUCCCAAAGUGCCAUGGCAGCGUUGCCUUCUUCCACCAGACGAGGUCGCAAUAGCAACAAGGCACCGGCAUUGUCUCGCUCUGCCACAACCACAACCAACACGGCGGCUCCUACCAAACUGAGGCGAAAGCGACAAAAACCCGGAGUCAAGCCCGAUCAUCAGCUACACGCCUCCAUGCCCGCCAUGAGCUUCGAUCAUGCCGCUCGACCGAAGCGUGUGAGUUCUCGAGCCGAACAGCAGUCCAUUGGCAGUAGUACCAGCAAACCAACAACUAGUCGCAAGUCACCUCCUCGGCAUGCCCAACAACAACAUCGCAAGCGAUCACCGUCGAUAGGAGAGGAAGCUCGCGGCAGCCGACGAACAUCUGAUCGACAAAGACGAGCGUCUCGUGAUCAGCAUCAUGAUACAACUGACACAACUCCCACACCACGCACCAAGCGCAAACAACGAGUCCAAGCACGCAACAAGAAUCGACAAUUACAACAAUCCAGCUCUUCUCGCAUGAGUUUCGGCAGCAGCAGCACCAUGCAGGACUCUUCUCGAAUGAGUCAGGCGCCUUCUUUACUACUACAAGACUCUACUACCAGUAGAACCACAUUGAUGCAAGAUUCGAGUCGCAUGAGCUACACCAGCAGUAGCCUGCAGGACUCUUCUCGCAUCUCUUCUUCUCGAAUGCAGGACUCUUCUCGCACGUCCUCUUUGCUACUUCAAGACUCGAGUAGAAACACUUUACUGCAAGAUUCUUCUCGCAUGAGCUACACCACCAACAGUAGUAUGCAGGACUCUUCACGCAUCAGCUACACCAGUCUACCCACCAAUCUCACAUUAUAUGCCGAAGAAGCACAGGCGACAGCCCGCAAGGCACGAGCACAAGCCGAUGACAAGUGGGUCAAACAAUUUGGUCGACUCUCUGUGGCGGGACAAAUGUUUUUGGAAGGCAACAGCAAACCCAGAACCAGCAGUACUAGUGUGGCGCCAUCAUUGAAUCAAUCCAGCGUGGACUUUUUGAAUAGUUUGUCCAAGCUAGGAGUGGAUGAUACAGAAGAAGAAUUUGAUGUCAAACAGCAACCACCACCAAGUACUGAAUACAACAACAAGCUUCAAGAGAGCGAUCCCAUUAUUGGUUUACGUCUCAGUCAGGAUGACUCGGACGAUGUUCCGACACUUCUGAGAAAGGUCAAGUCCGAGUCAUCGGUACAGUCAGCAGCCAAGGCAACCAAACAAUCCACCAAAAAGCCAAAAGAUCGGUCUUCCAAACGGCGCAGUACACGCAAGAUCAAAAAGGCAAAGAAGGAAGAGCCACCACCAUUAAUCAAACAAACUGACCUCGUCGAAAGGGAUACUGCCGAGGGCAGCACCAAAAAGGUGUACUCUAGUAUGGACGAAGACGAUGAUAUUGUGUCCAUGCCACCUGCUCGGUCCAUUGUGUCGGGGGGAGAACGAAGCAUGCCUUUGCCAACCACCAUUCAUAAUAGCGAUCCUCUUGCGGCAAAGCCAAAGAAAAAGGGGACCAAAACAAGCAGCAAUAAGAAAGAAGAAAAGAGGCAAUCCAAGAAAGCGAAAGAGGAGAAGAAACGACUGGACAAGCAGGAGGCAGAAGAACCCAACACGCUGCCAACAACCAAAGCCACAGUGGCUGCCGCUAUGGUUCAACAACCUCCACCACCUCAACAGCAGCGACGAGCCAGUCGACCCGUCAAUGAGCUGUCCACCUUUCUGAACCAAUAUGAUGACUUGGAUGCAUUGUUUUCUCAAGGGAUCCAAGAGGCGGUGGCCAUGGAAAAGGCGUCCUCCAACAGCAAGGACAAGAGUGGAGGGAGUCCAGUCUCCAACACGGAAGGAGCGGUCGUCGGAGGUGACUUUGGUCUUUCACCGGCGACUCUCGGCAGCUCCAAGCCACUGAAACGAAGAUCACGGCCAGGAGAGGUUCUCAAACGAUUCAUGAAGAACUUUGAUGACUUGGACAUUCUCUUUUCACGCAAGUUGAUCAAACCCGCAACCAGCGUCGAUGAAAAAAGCAACAGCAAAGGCAGUCGAAGCAAGAACAGUAAAAACAGCAAGCUUUCCGCAUCUUCGGCACACGAGAUUGGUAGUGCCCAUACGGGGUCGCUGCUGUCUCCCUCAUACCAACGCAGGAGUCUUCCCAAUCUGACGGAACUCGAGAAAGGAAAGAACUCCCCAAAGUCCUCGCCCAAGAGUCCAAACCAAAGCUCCCCCAACAUUCUAAUGGAGAUGCUCGAAAUGAGCGAUGACGAUCUGAAAGACCUCUUUGCGAAACAAAAGAAAUCUGGAAAGCCGGAAUCCUUCGACUUGACAGACAUUGCUGAAGCCAACGACGGUUCUCCUAACAGGAACAGUUUGACGCAGCACACAGCCCUCUCCAGGGUUUCAGAAGAGCCGCCCACGGGGAACUAUGGGCAUCAAAGCACGUCAAGCUUGGACCUCUACGACUUUUGUCAAAUGCCGUUUGGGGAUGAGUUGUCUGAGAAAGAACAGCCGGAACCGGUGUCAGAGGAAGAAGAGCAAGAACCCGUAUCUGAGAUAGAUCCCUCGUCUAAGCAGGAACAGCCGCCAAGCCGUGGCAAGAGCGCUUCUGGUGCCAGGAGCUCCCUCACGCUUGAAGACUUGAUCACCCCUGAAUUAGAAGACGAUACGGAUGAAGAUGAGGACCCAAAGAAGCGCGAUUCAGUUCGCCAGAGUGACACCAAGACAGAUCAGUUCAUGUCACAGAGUGACCGCACUCACGAUGUCCGGCGCACGAGUCAAGGAGAAAAUGUCAUGGGUACACAGAGCGAUCUUACACAUGAUGUGCGUCGAAGCAGCCACAACGAGAAAGAGAUGAUUGCCAGCGGUGCUGAACUACGGCGAGCUGCCCCCAUACGUCGGCGGGUUGAGCGUUCCUUGUCUCCACCACGUCGUCCCCGUCAGAGACGAGCAACCGAUCCAAUCUCGAUGAAAGCGGAAAAACAAAAAGCCGUUCAAAAGCCAGAGCGCCGUAGCCUUCCAGGAGGCCUGGGGGAUAGCUGUCGGUCCUUGUCGCAUCGGUCCUUGUCACCUCGUCCACGCCAAUCAGACGACCUGGGGGAAAGUUCCCGAUCCUUGUCGUCACAACGUUCCAUGUCCGCUCGACCACGACCGAGGCAGAAAGUAGUUCCUCAGGACCAUGCUCCAGGAGAAAGCACUAAGCCAGAACGUGGUCGUAGAAGUUUGCCCGCACGGUUGAAGCAUGGCCAGCGCUCGUUGUCUCCAGCGAGGCGUCCGGUCAGCAAGGAACCAGGCACAACGCAACCUGAAGAAGACCGUGCUCCCCACUUGAGUCGCCGAAGCUUGCCGACACAUGUUGUCGACAAGGCGCCGGAGAGCCCUGAUAGGCGUUCGUCGCAAGGCGUGGAUGUCCUGAAGAGUCUGAUGGAUCGAUAUGAUGACCAUGAAGAGUUGUAUACCAGCGGGUUAGAGGAAGCAGCGGCGCCAAUCACGGAGGUUGACUUCGACAUCGACCAUGAAGCUAUAGAGGCGAUGAAAGCAGCAAAGGAGGCCAAGGAGCGAGCCCAAGGACCCAAGAGAACUGAUCAGGAGGAAGGCGAGAAGCCAUUGUCGCCAUCCAAUGAGCCAGAAGCGGGUCGACGGGGUCGCACUUUGGAUGGGGGUCGCCGAGGUUUUCCGGAUCGGUCUCCAAAGAGCCCCCGCCGGGUUCCGACCAAAGCAACAAAUCAGGUUUCGAGGGGUGAAAGAGACAAAUCGCCCAGUACGGGCAAGCACCUGAAGAAAUCAACACCAAUCACCGCUGAAGUUGCGGUUCCAUCAGAAUCCUCAGCAAGGGAGCAGACCGAAGAGGCUCAAGAUGCAGAUGAUGGAAUCUCCGCAGCCAGCGCAGAGGCCCCGCCUCCAUUGCCAGCUAUUGUUGUUGAGAAGAAGACCGUGGACACUUCGCCGUUGUUCCCCUACGUUGGCGAGGCCGGUUUAGAUCUUGACCGAGUAGACCCUUCGCUCUAUAGUGGGAGCCUUGGGAUGGAUCAGAUGGGAUCAACAGUUGGUAGCAAGAGCACGUUGGACGAUUUUCUGACAAACGAGGCCAGGGGCCAGGGAAACCGUCGGCCCAGGCAUCAAGCACUGGAUGAUGGCCAUGCAUCGUUGCCCACACGUUUCAGCGCCGUUCAUCACCAUGCAAAGCGCAUGGGUCGAACCCGAGGAUCCAGCCGUUACAGUCCGGAUGAAGCUAUCGGGUUUGCUCUGGAUGACAUGAGUUGGCAACACUACGACGAAGCACAGUCUGUCUACUCGGACCUGUCAGGUCGACCACAUUCCGACUUGCGAGGAUACUCAUAUCCGCGCGAAAACAUGCCUGUCCAGCGCCCUCGUCGGCAUCGAUCUCCAUGGGUUGACCAUCAGUACUUUGGGGCCGGCGAGGAUGUAUACUACAGCCACCCUAACUUGGGCUAUGGCAGAAGUAUGCAUGAGUCCUUUCCGACCAUUCACGAAUUAGAAGCACAACACUAUGCGAGUCAUUCUCAUUUGACUACCGGUCGUCCGGACAUGCACAGCAGUGCGCACCUCUUGUCGUUUCAGCAAGGACAUCUACACGAUCCUUUCCGAGGCCACUACAACGAAGAAAAUGAAAUGGCUCGAAGAACUAGUCGCGGAGGCGAGCAUCUGUCGCCACGGUAUCGUGGUAGCGGUCGUUUCGAUGCUGGGAAGUCCAUGUCCUUGGAGGACGUCUUUGGUCGUUCGAAUCACGAAGCUGCAACACAGCACCGGAGACACAUCGGCAAAACGGAUCACAGUCACCGUUCACAUAGAGACAUAACCUCUCGAUCAGGCUCCGAGCGUCGCCUUUCCUCGUCGGUUCACGGGCAAGAAGUGGAAUGGCAAGACUUUACCGAGGUGGCUCGCAGUGGAGCUCUUCAGAGCAUUCCUUGGAGGAACACGCGCGGAUUGAGCGUACAACUACGUUUGAUUGAGGCAGAAGAAGCCAGGAAGAUGUCUUCGUUGAGGUUGGACGAUUCCUUUCAUUGCACCGUCGUAUCAAAAGGAUGCCCCCGAAGCAACAAUGAGUUCUGUUGCGGAGUUGACUGCUGUUGCCAAAAGAACUGCUCUCCGCCCUGGUACCAUCGCCCAGCCCAGGGAAUGAUGCCUGGUGAAGAAAAAGAAAAGGACGAGGAACCGUCCCACCGUGGCCGCACCGUGCAGGCUUUGGCCAAGAUCGCCGCUUCAGCCGAGCUCGACAUCAACCGCCCCCCUGCUAACGACGAUGAGUCCUCAAUUACCUAUCCAAUAUACAAACCUGAUGUCGACGAGAGAGUGCCCCGCCGUUCCUCGGGUGGCACCCUGUUAGGUGACGAAGAUACCCUGUUGUCUUUCGCUCUUUAGUCCACCGUAGUCAAGUUUAAACUACAAUCCAAUCUCAUAGAUCACAUUUAUGCUAUCAAUGUCCCUCCAGUAAUAAGUGCAUGGCCCUGUCAGUAGUUGACGAUUAGAAAUUAGAAUGCAUGUCAUAGUUGCAGCCAUCCGAUUCCAGCCUGAAGUGUACGGUACCGAUACUGUGUGUAUUGCACAUACACUCUCCCCUACAGUAAUCAUUUUUAUAGAGCAACUAUCAUGUCAA